AGCGAUUUUUUGAAUCAAUCAUGGCGAUUGGUGUAGAUACGUCAAAAUGGAAACCCAGAAAAAUUACUGGUACACCAGCCUCUAAAUUUCGCAAUAUACUUGGUGUAGGCAUAUUAAGUUUCGGAAUCAUUACGGGACUGAUUUUCCAUUUCGUACCAGUAACUACUAAUUUGCGAAAAGCUAUAGAACCCUUAUAUGAAGAUCCGAUUGAAGAGGUGGAGAGACGUCUCAUGAUCGCCAGCGGCCUUCCAAACCGUUCAGCAGCAACGAUACGAAAACAUAUGGAAGAAAGCCAAAGACCAGACCAGCCAGGAAUAUAGAUUAUGAGCAUAGAUAAUAAUAGCAAAUGCGUCCGAGGCAAAUACUUUGUUGCCAAGCCUGAUAUGGAUGAGAGCCUUACUGAUUUCCAGGAAGCUAAACAAAGUUGUAAAGGGCCAAAACCGGUUACAAAAGCAACUAAACCUAAGACUAGGAAGGUAACUAAACACAUUAAAGGCCAGAAAGAUAUAAGAACAGCUUUGAAAGGAAAGAAAAAUGAACUAGAAGCAUACACAAAAGAGUUUGAUAAUGUCUGUAAGAAAUCUGGUUUAGAUGUAGAUUCGGAACAAUUGCAACUAGCUAUUGCAUUGUCUAAAUCACUCCAAACAGAAUCCAAUGAGAAUGAGAGCACACCCACUUUGUCUUCCCAACAAAGAGUAGCGAAAAUAAGGAAAACAUUACAAGAAUAUGGGUUUAAAGUUCCUGAAGCUAAAAUAACUGCUGUUAAAAAAACUAAAAAGCUUAGAAAACAAUAUAAACUCCUUACUACAUCUGAAGAAGAAAAACAUAAAAUUAUAACCAGCAAGUAUUCACAAGUUCUAUUUGAAAACCUCAAGAAGUCUUAUACAGAACAAAAUAUUCAAAAUUUGGAAGCUCGAGUUUUUUAUUUAGCAUCCAAUACCUUGUAUGAAUGCAUGAAAGAUGAUUGUAUAUUCUAUGUAGAUGAUUUAGUAGAGAAGUCAACUACUAAUGGUGCUUUACUAAGAGACUGGUCCGAAAUUCCAGGAAGACCACAGAGUCCUAAGCUUGAAGAACCAAUAACAAUGGAUUUUAAAGACAUUGAUUGCUCUCAAGAUGAGCUGGAUGUAAUUUUGAGUGGUUCUAUCAAGUCUGUCAAAGAUGUUUUAGAUAAAUAUAAGGAACUUAAAAAGGAUGUGCCUAGUAUUGUAAUAGAUGAUGAAGAUAAAGUAAUAAAUAAAAUGGAAUCCAGUAUAAUAAGUAUUGAUGAUAAUCAUGAAGUUGAAGCAAUUAAUAAAUCACCUUUUGAAAAAGCUUUUGGGAUGCAAUCUCCUAUCAAAAAGGUUUGUCCAAAAACGCCUGUGAAAAGGCUCUUUGUUGACGAAUCAUGUGUAAAUGAUGUGAUUGAAAUAAUAUCUCCUAUUAAAGAAAAAGUUGAAAGUAAAAAUGCUGGAGAUGUAGAUACUGAGAAUAAACUCAAAAUUACUGAGCAGUAUAGAAGUGUUUCGCCUGACAUAUUUGAUGAUGAACUAUCUUCUAUAAUAGAUGUUUCUAAACCUACAAACAUUUUGUCUCAAGAGCACAAAACUAAAGUAUUUUCGCAAGAUAACUUUAUGGAUUUGACUCAGUGUGCUAAUGUUAAUAUCCUAUCACAGAAUUCUGAGAAAGCUGUGCUUUUAUCUCAGGAUGUAACAAAAAGAAGAUCUAAUGACUUUAUGGAAAUCACUGAAUGUAUUGUUGGUUCUUCUCAGCCUAUUAGAGAAGAAUUUAAAGAGAUUGACUUGACACAGAGUCCUGAAGCUAACAAAACAAUUAGGGAAGGCAAUCAUAGCAUUAAUCUAGAUAAGAUAAAUAUUUCUAAUGAUACUGAACAAGAAACUAGAGAUAGUGUCAGUCAAAAUGUUACAGAUGAACAAAACGUAACAGUAGUUCCUAAUGACAGAAAUAAUUAUAUAAAUAAAUAUAAUAAUUUGGACAUAGAAGAAGACAAUGUAGAUUUGACACAAAGUUCAAAUGAAGAUGAUAAAAGCAUGGAAGUUAUAGAUGACAAUAAAGAUAAAAAUGGUGGAGAAACUGUGAAUUUAACACAGUCUUCCAACUCUGAUAAUUUAGAUGAGCUGCCUUCGGUCAAUUUUGGCGAUGCACAUGCCCAAACAUCUUUAGAUGACACAAUAAUUGUAGAAUACAUCUCCAAUAAUAAAGUUAAAGAAUCUAUGCUCUUUGAAAAUAGAGCAGAAAGUCCAGUGUUUGAUUUAACACAAGGACAAGAGACGAAAAAUGAUUCCAGUCCCAUUUUGCCAAAGUAUAAUGAACCUUCUACCAGUUUUUAUGAAGACUUUGUUCAUGAUCAUUCAGAACCUGAUAUAAGUAAAGAAGUAGAACGAAAUAUUGAACAAGAAGGUGUCAAUAGUAGUGUUUCUAAAGAACAAACAGAUGAUAUAGAUUUAACUCAAAGUUCAGGUACAUCAGAAGAAAUAUCUAAUCCUAUUGAAAAACAAGAAAGCAUUCCUAACAAUAGCAGCUUAGGUAAAAAUGGCGACAUUUCAAUAGAUUACGAUGAAAUUAUUAAUGAAGAUAAUAAUUAUAAUACGGAAAGUUUUAAAGGCAUUGAGAAAGAUGGCAGUAUGACACAAAAAACAGAUCCUUCUACAUCCAAAGAUGUUAAUCCAAUAGAAAUUGUAGAUGACAACGACGAAGAAUUAAAUUCGAGUCAAAAUUCUGAAGUCUUUCAUAUAUCAGACAAAGAAUUAGACUAUUCUCUUCACAAAUCUAGAUACGAGCUUCCUAGAGAUAAUUUUGAUUUCGGUGGCAUUUCUGUUUUGGAUAAUAUUACUAGACUAGAUGGUACUAGAAAUUCGAGUGAAGUUGGCCAAAGAGUUUCUAUUAUAAAUGAAAAUGCUAUAGAUAGUCUUCCAGAUAUCAAUUUCGGAAAUGAAAAUGAGGUAGGAAUUGAUAAAUCUGAAGUACAUGUUAAUAUGGAUAUUAGUUCGGAAGAGUUCCAAGAUGUUUUAGCCAAUACUAAUGGUGUGAUUAAUGUUAAAACACCUAAUAAGUCUGAAUAUGUUAUUAAAACUUGUGAUGUAACGCCUAUGUCGGAUUAUGCGUCCAUGUCGACUCCGGAAAGGAAUAAGGAAUUGGAUAAAUAUGGGUUGAAGCCCUUUAAAAGAAAAAGAGCCAUAAAAAUUCUCACGCACCUCUACAAUCAAAUGCAUCCUACAGUACAACAACUAGUCGACGAAGACCAGCCAUCUUGUAAAAAACCAAGACUGACACUAACACAAGAUUCUUCGCCAAAAAAACUUGCUAAAUCACCUUCAAAAUCAACCCAAAUUCGACCUAAAUCGUCCCCAUUAAAGAUCCAGAAUGGUUUAGCACACUCUUCACAUACCAAUAGUAGUGAGUUGGAAAGAGAGAGAUGUAUACUAUCACCUCCUACUUCUAAAGACGAGAAAAGUUCAGAAGCGUGUGCUUAUGAAGUCAGUAGUGAACUUGCGAUUGUGAAGGCUACUGACUGCAGUCCAGAUGACUGGGUGUUUCAGAAAAGGGAGAAGGCUAAGGUACAUUCCUGCCGCGUGCCAUUACACAUAGCGUUCCACAACUACGUGCUAAGUCGUCGUUCUCUAAGAGAGGCCAUACUCAAGUAUGAGCCAGUCAACAUCGACGUCAUACACAAGGAUUUGGUCGGGUACGGGCAUCGGUAUGAUCCUAAGGAGCUGCUGAAAUUCCUUGACAAGAGGUGCAUUACAGUUAAAACAACGGAUAACAAUGCUCGAAAUGAUAGAAGGUAGCACAGACAAUUAUGUAUAUUGGUUUUUUGUAAAUAUCUAUUUAUCUAUGUAUAUUUAAAUGGUGUGUCCACAAUAAUGUUUUUUAUUGAGCAAUAUCAUGCGAUGUUUCUAAAACUUUAGCUAAUUGGUAAAGAAUUAA